GCUACGCAAAUUUGGAAAACAAAUUCCAGUUUGCAGUAACAACCUUCUCCAAUUGGAUUUGGGAAGAGAUGUGCCAGAAUAGUGGCCCGAAGGGACUGGUGGACGCGAAUCCUCCGCACGAAAUAAGUGAUGAUCAAAGGAAUACUCCCAUGCUGGGAAGAGCACCAGAAAUAAACCACCCUGAAGGACAAGCUGCGGUAAGAAAUGCAUCCCUGUCCGCGCGAGCGCAACUUGGGGUACCGGAGCGCGGCAGCGCAGAGAUUCGCCUAAGGAAGGAGCGGCUUGAUAGCGCGAAAAGUAGACAGAGAGCCAAUACUGAUGACACCUUUUGGAACGUCGCGGGCUACGUUGACGAAACGACGUUGACCUUCCACGAGAUUAGUGGGGAGAAGUACGUGGAUAAACCUCUGUUCGGUGGAAAAAAAGAAUUCUUGGCUCGUGAAAAAGACGAAAACCGCAGCCAGCCGACCACGUUCGUUUUUACCGCGCCGUCCGAGCACGUGGCGGCGCAGUGGGUGAAAGUUCUGCGAAAGCGGGUGGAAGAGCUGAAAAGAGAGCAGUUCGGAGACGUGGCAAGAAGUACUGCACCAGCUCCAGCAGCUCAGCGACUAGAGGAUGGCCACUUUUUUCCACCACAAAGAACAGGUGAAAACGAUUGCCCUAUCGACCAAGAGAUAGAAUACACUCGAUACAAGCAGUUUGUAGACCCGAAGAAUUACCUGAAAUCCUCUCACGAGGAGUUCUUGCAAAACGAGUAUUUUGAUGCGCCGGACGAGGACGGCAAACAAAUAAAUGCGGAAGUAGAUAUCAAAUGUAAAAGUGUCUGGGUCUGGAAGAAUGCAACUUGUCAUGCUAGAUCUGAAACAUGCAAAAUAAAAAUCUGUGUUGCGUGAUUACCAAAAGUCGUCCAGUUUUGACCAAGUCAGGAGGGAGUUUCUCAUGCAGGAUAGGCAUGAGAGAGAUCGCACAGAAUUUGUCAUGCUCGUUCCUGCAUUCCAGACCUCAUGGGUCAUGGAAAAGCUGCAUGACAAAUCGCGCAUUCUUCCAGACCCAGACACUUUUGCAGUUGAUAGUAGAAUCGCGGAAGCAAAAGUUCUGGGAUGAAUUGCAAGAGCAAAUCCGGGAGAAGGAGAUUCUGUUGCGCUAUUCCAAAGCAAUCGACCGAUUUGUGCAGAUCGAAGCGCACAUGAAACCGAUGUACGGGUCCUACCACACGGUUUCCAACCGGUUUCUCCCCCACAAUUUCAAGCAGUACAGCUCUGGGGGACACAGUCUGGGGUUCCGAUCGGGCUAUGAACUCGGGUACAAGACGAAUAGGGAGGGGAAACUGAGCGCUUUGCUCUUUCAGUUUGUCGACGCGGAUGUUGAACUACAAAGUGCGGGUACUUCUUCUAUGGAAGUAGGAGCGGAUCAUGUUGAGACAAGAGCACAUCAGCCCCUUGUAUCAAAUGCAAAUAUGUCUGGGUCUGGAAGGCUGCAAGGUUUGCCAUGCACAUUUUGUAUGACCCGUGAUGUCUGCGAUGUAUGCCCCAGCAUCACAAAUUUUCUGUGGGUAUCUUGAUGCGCAUUCCGCAUGACAAAUGCCCUCUCCGCGGAGCAAAAACUGGGCGCCUCUUGCUGCUCAUGCAAUACAGAUUUUUUUACAUUCCAAAAGUAGCAUCACAAGUUGCAUUCUUCCAGACCCAGACAUUUUUACAAUCCAUGCCUUGAGUUGUGGUACAAGGGCAGACUGGAACUGCAGGAAGAUAGCGGUAUGCAUUGCAAAAGUAUCGUACUAGUAUAAAUUGCAUUACAAAUUUUAUCAGAAAGAAAAACUGGAUUUGUAAUGCUAACUCAGGUAAAAAGGUAGGUCUGUCAUGCAAGAUUGCAAUUAGUACGAGUACGAUACUUUUGCAAUUCAUAAGCGGCUCGCUGCCACAAGCGUGGAAGGACGAGAAAGACAGACAGCGGCUGAUAUUGCAGAAAAAGUGGGAAGAGGAAAAAGCGCAAAUGAUGCAGGAAGAAGAGGACAGACGCUUCGAAGACGCCUCCAGCGAUCAAGAAGAUUAUGAUAAUGCAUCGGCUUCUACCAGUUCUGGUGUUCUGGCAGGGAUGGCGAAACUCAUCAAAAAAGGGCUUCCGCAGAUCUUCAAAACGCAGGAUAACGCGGGGGGCAAAAAGGGUGAAAGCAACUUUUUAAAGCCGUCGAAAUUGCUGAACACAGUGAAUGCCGAACUGAUUCAGAACCAGCUCGUGUUCAAUUUUGAGAACCAAUUCGAUUUUGAUAUGAGAAACUAUUGGGAGAUUCAAAAAGCGAAGCAGCACCCCUUCCGUAUCUUUCUGGAGCAUGACACCCACGUGGAAAUCUUGUCCGGGCGAGCCCGAGACCAGUGCGUUGUGCGCAUUUCUGCCUGGGAUUACGGGUCACGGAUCCAACCGAAUAAUGAUGCGCCAGAAAAUUACAGAGACGCGGAUAGUGGAGGUGCCGGUGAAGACAUUUUCAUGGAAGGACAAGCAGGUACAGAGGGCAACCUGCGCGCAAGCACAGUCGGUCAAGGUGAAGCAAUUUUCUACCCACCCGUUGAAAUCCCGAAAACCGAGCGCGAGCGACGCUCUGCGAGGGCGACGGCGUUCGUGAGUACUGGGCGCGCCCUCGGGAAAACUUCAUCUACUAAGGGGGCUUCUUCUGAGCCGCCUCCCAGCAAUAAGAUCAAGUACGUUUCCUGGGACUUCAAAGCCGUGAACUGCGACCAAGCGAACGUGUGGGAGCAGCAAUUGAAGGGCCGGAAGAAGGACAAAUGGCAGCACACGACGAACGCUGCUGGUGAUAGUCCUCCUGGUUCUACUUCCGAAGCGCAAGCGGGUCCUCAAGCGGAUUUGAUGCAACAAGCCCUGCUCACCACGGCCGGCGGCGCUCCCAGUGGAUCUUUUCGAGCCUCUGGGACCACAUCAACAUCAUCGUCACAACGAGACCAAAAACCGGGGUUCAUGUGCCGCAUGAAGCAAAAAUUUUUUCAAGGCAUUCGGUCUUUGAAGCGCGUGGGCGGGUUUUUUAAGAGUUACUGGAGCGAGAAACAGGUCGAGACCGUGACGAACGUUGUGGAGAGAGAAAUGGAAAAAGAACAGCAACAAGAUGCUGGCCAGAACUUGGAAAAUCUGGCGAGUGACGAGUUCUUUUUAUCUGAGGUGCGAAAGCAGCAGUACCAAGACCGGGUGGAUGCGAUGGACCAGAUUGGCAAUGCGAACUGCGAUAUCAAAUGUAAAAGUGUCUGGGUCUGGAAGAUUUUGAGAUUUGUCAUGCUAGGCUGGCAUGACUCUGCACUCUGUAUUGCGUGGCCACCAAGUAGAGGCCCUCUUGCCUGUCAUACAAAAGCGAAGUUGCUCAUGCGAAGUACGCAGCACAGAAGCACGAAAAAACUUGUCAUGCUUGGUGGCGCAUUACAGGAGAGCACUUAUUGUUUAGGGACUUGCAUCACAAGUUUCCAGACCCAGACAUAUUUGCAAUGCAUAUGCGAACAGGAUUGCCGCUCGGGCGAGGAGCUCCUGGAAGAAGCUGAAUUCGGCGUCAUGAUGGCAGAUCUGAUUCACGAGAAUAGAGAUCAACUGUCGGAGCUAGAAAUGGAAGAUUUCCAGUAUUUAAUCCAAGAAGUGAAUAUUGGUGACCUGAAAGGAGCGGCGCAAAGUGUAGACAAAAAGCUGGGCAGCACAACUAAAGAAGAGUUGUACCAAGAGGCCGCGAGUUACCAGCCGGGGGUGCCGAUGUCUUUCGGGCCACAAAGUGCCGCGGAUCUUCCGGCGCCAAGCUCCGGAGCGGCUGGGAGAACGUUUGGGCAGCCGGGUGCUGCGGGGGGAGAUGCUGGUACAACUGUCUGGUCAGUUUUGCGUUUUCUAUUUAUGUCGUUCAGAAAUUUUUUCUGGGACCGAGAAACAAGAUUUGGAACUUUACUAUGCGACAGACGAAAUAAACCCCAAAGAUGAUCUGUGCCUCAUCAAAUUAUCCGAUUGUCAUGCAAAAGCUCGAAAAGGACCUGUGCAUAAUCUUCUUCAAAUCUCAGGCCCCUCCUCCUCUCAACCGCGAUCCCAGCGAAGGACCCAGCCGCACAUCCGCAGCAACCGAGUCAACUUUGACAAUAAAAAAUCCAUGCAAGAUGUGAUGAAAAACCUGAAAGAAGCAGCCGACCUGGCGUACCAGCACGCCGCCCCGAUGGCGAUGGCCUUCGCGACGGGCAGCACGGUCGGCGUGGCGUUCGAGGGGGCCAAAUUCGUGGAUGCCGGGCUCACGAAAUGCGGGGUUCAUUGCCCGUUGGAAGACCAUUUCAAGUGGGGGAAGGAGAUGGGUUAUAUCGCGGAAGUAUUCGGCUUCCAGUCCGUACUGCGAAGCGAGGAGCGGGUCGAGGGGAGCAUGGACCACAGGCCCGUGACGCGAAUGAAACAGGACUUCUCCAAAGUGAUCAAUUCCGUAACAAAAUUGUAUGUGAUUUCGAGCUACUGGCCUCCCUGGACAAAGGGCGAGAAGAAAGAGCAAGGGGGAACCGGCAGUGGGCCCGGCGAUGGGCAGGCGACCAAUGGUACGGCCGCUAACAGUUCUGGCAGUACGGCGCCACCUUCCGUGGAAGUUGGUAUUUGAAAUGAAUGCUGUGAGUAUGUUCGUGUGGUUUGCUUCUCAAAUUUUCGCACAUGACCUUUUCAAACUGCUUCUGCUGUACAACUAACAUCUGGUUUGUUAGUGCGCCUUCGCCAGCGAGGGAAAGAACAGGCAAACUUUGAAAAAGUACUGCACUGCGAACAUUCAUUCAACUUGUCAUGCAAAAUCUGCAAAACUGAACGCCCCCCCAACACAGGCCUUUUGCCGCAGAUCCAGAAAAAACUUACGGUCGACAAGGACGCAAUGCACAAAACCCUCCAGCGUGCGGCAAACGGUGACUUUAUGUCGCUGCUUUUCCACGACCCGUCUGUUUUACACCAAGUUCGGGAAGAGCUCCCACACCGGGUGAUUGUCACCUUGGUCCAGAUGACGCAGGCCGUGAUUGAGAUGGAAGAAUUACGGUUAGAUCCGACCUACAGCUGGUUUUUCAACAAGUUUUUGACAAAGUUCAAGAACAGUAUUCGUGGGUCUGGCGCUGACAAUGCCAAGUGCAAAAAGCCUCCAAUAAAGGACCCAACUAUAGUUCCGAAGAAAGAAGAACCGAAGAAGGAGCAGCAAGUGUCCGUUUUCCAAUCCAAGAUUUCGCAAGCUGUGGUCGCGAUUGGCAAGAAGGUGAAGGAGACGGCGAUUGCGGUUGGGGGUUUUUUCCAGAAAGUCGGGAAAAAACUCGGUCUCGGGGACCUGUGGCACUGGCUGAAGACGAGGUUUUGCGAGUUUACGCAGAUCGACUUCAACGCGAUUUGGGAGUUGCGGAAUUAUUUGCAGAAAAUUCUCGCGGUUCUGUUCGCCUCGGCCAACCCGUAUGCGAAUCAGGCGAGGUCGAUUUUGCUGGAGAAUUUAAAAACCUGGAUCGACCCCGACCGAUUCAAUGAGCUCAUGCUCGGGAAAAAAGCGAAUGCCUGGAAGAAAAAAGCGCAGCAGAUGCACUGCGAGAUGAGCAAUGAGCUGCAGCAAGCGUUGAACAACGUGCGGGAUUCCUGUCUCCCAAGUUCGCCCGAGGGCAUGCAGGUGAUGGCGAGUUAUCCAGAGUAAAAACUACGUCCCCGCACCAAAGUCAAAAUGGGAAAUCUGCUAGACAAAUCAACCAGCUGUGGCUGUUGCGCAUGACAAGUUUGGCCCUGUAGUGUGGUGCUGUUUAGGUGGUGCAGCAGCAUCACAGAUCUAGCAUAUAAUGCUGCCCCGAGCAUGACAAAUUAUUCCAAAACACGGCUAAGAAAUGCUUCCCAUGGGGCGCUCCGCAUGAGAAAUAUUCUCAGCAUGCAGAUUUGCACUACAACUAUGGGGUAGGGACGUUUUUACAAAUGAUACGAGUGUCGCCGUGGCCAUCAACGACGGGUGGGGUUCGAUUGCGGACAAAGACAGAGACAUGACGGCGAAAGUGAAUUUGUUCUUCACCAACGCCGCCCAAGGGGCUGUGUUGGACGAAAUUGAGCACGAGAUUGUGAGCAAAUUGUCCACGAAAAUCUUCUCGGAAAUCACCAAAAAAGAUUCGCGCUUCGGCUUCAUUUUUGAAAAGAUCCGGGCGAACAAAAAGCACGCCGAGGAACUGAUAAAUUCCGGAUGCGACGUGUGGGAGACGGUUGCGUUUCAAUCGUCCGCGUUACGGGAUUCGACUCACAAGCAGAUCGAGGCCUGGGAGCACCAAAUUUUCGAAAAAGUGCAAUCAGCGGUGAAAAGUUCGAAUAAAAUCAAGCACUUGGCGCGGUUUGCGGAUGAGGGAGUACAAAAGGAUCUGGUCGAGAGAGUCGACCGGAUAGUUUCCAAAACGGUUGACAAAGUGAUGGAAAAGUUAAAGUACCUGCUCGAUACGUAUCAAAUGCAAAUAUGUCUGGGUCUGGAAGAGUCAUGCUGCUUUUGCAUGACACAGAAGGUCUGGCAUGGAAGCUCUAGCAUCACAGAUCUCGAGAAGCUUGAGCAAUGCCGAAUCCGCAUGACAAAGGCCCCACUUUGGUGACAGAGAGUGGGCAGCUUUUGCUGCCUAUGCAUGGGAGAUUUUUCUGUGUUGUGAAAUGCGCAUCACAAGUUUGCAUUCUUCCAGACCCAGACCUAUUUGCAAUGCAUAAUACGGAUGAUAAAAUUAAAUCCACCGCGGAUUUCGCCGAAAAGGAGGAAAAUGCCGAGAAAGAACUAUGCAAGAAAAAAACUGUGUAAGUGUAAGUCUGUGAUGCAGAAAAUGCAAGACAGUUACGCUUGUCAUGCUCCACAUGCAUGAUAGGCUCGCUUACUACGUGUUUCCCGUCCUAUCUACGCAUGACAAGUUUUUCCUGUCAUGGCAGACAAACUUGUCAUGCUGUUUUCCCGAGAGACCUACACUAACACAGUUUUUUUCUUCGAUAAGAACGCCGGGAAAAGUACUACAAGGAUAUCAACUGCAAAUAUGUCCGAGGCUGGAAAGAUGGAACUUGUAAUGUGUGUCUUGCAUUCCUAGAAAAUCUGUGUUGCGUGCGCAGCAGAAGAGCCGCUUCCUUUGUCAUGCAUGAACGCAUAUAUUGUAGUGCGUGCUAGACAUCAGAAAGCGUUUCAAAAACUUGCCACGCUUGGCUGCCACAGCAAGCGUUGCAAUCAGCAGCAAAUCAGCAUCACAGGUUUCCAGACAUCCAGGGAUAUUUGCACUGCAUAAAGGAAAAGCUGCAACGACUCCCGGCGCCGAUCUCCAAACUCUUAACUAAGGAAUCCGACUUAUCAAAAGGAAGAAUCGCCCCUCCCCAUAUCGAAAACGAAGUUUGUGAUGCUGUAUUUGAGUACACAAAUCGACUUGUAAUGCUAGAAGGCCAAGCGCCGCAGUUCUGGCUUCGUUUGCAGGAAAUUUGUCAUGCUGUUUCCCACUUCCAGCUGCCUCCUGUCAUGCUGAAGAUGCAAGACUGUCCCAGCACGCCAAGCAGCACCACUGUCCGUAUCUUUUCCCUUCUAGCAUGACCAAGCUGACUUGUGACCAUAAAUCUGCAUCACAGAUUUUCGUUUUGAUAUGGGGAGGGGGGACUUUUCUUCUUGAUAUGACUUCACCGUGGUCGAGGCGACGAAGUGGAUUAGCGAGAAGGCGACGGGUCAUCAAGUCAACGACGCGAUAUCCUAAGUAAAAACGUCCCCACCCCAUACUCAAGUUGGGAAUCUAGCAGCACAAAUCUCCAAGUUUUGGGAGCUGUGCAUGACAAGUUUCCCUCUGCAGUAACUUGCUGGCUGGCAAGAGAAGCCGCAUGAGAAAGCCCCUCUCAUCCUGUUUACAGCAUUACAAGUUACAAAACUCGAUUGGUAAUGCGUCUCAUGCCGCUGCGCAUUACAAAUGUUCCUGUCAUUGCACAUUUGCAUUACAACUCUGGAGUGGGGACGUUUUUACAUAGGAUACGCGACCGAGCUGGCUCAUGUCAUGCUGCGGUUCUUUGGGCAGGGCAUGUCGCCCUGGAUGUUUGGCGCCUUGAAGAUUGGGUUGUGGGGGGUUGGGACGGCGGUCAGGUUAUCAGAGUGAAAAAUCCCCCCUCCCCAUGUCAAAACGAAGUUUCUGAUGCUGGAUUUGUUUUACACAAAUCAGAUUUGUCUUGCCGGCGAGGACUGCAGGCCCAUAUCAAGCCUGAGUAGACCGGUUUUGGCCUAGGCGCUUCGCAUGACAGACGUCUACGCUGUAGGAACAACGGCAUGACAAACCGCCUGUAGAAUGCGGCGGCUGUCUGUGGGGUUGUCUUCAUGCAACACAGAGACGAUUUGUGGCCACAAAUCAGCAACGCAAAUUUUCGAAAACGCACCUUGUCAAUACGGGGAGGGGGGAUUUCUCCUCGCGAUACAGCUGGGGCCCGGGAUUGUUCUCGGUGAUGAAGGUGACGUUUGUAUCCUGAGUAAAAACGUCCCCACGCCAAAGUUGUCAUGCAAAUCUGCAUGCCAAAAAAGUUUGUCAUGCGGAGCACCAUGAGAGGCAUUUUCUAGUCUUGUUUUGGAAUUUGUGAUCCUAGAAUCUGCAUGAUAUACUAGAUCUGUGAUGCUGCUGAACUACCUAAACAGGAUUACACUACGAGGAGAAACUUGUCAUGCCAAAUGACCAAAGCUGGCUGAUUUGUCUAGCAGAUUUCCCAUCUUGAUUCUGGUGUGGGGACGUUUUUACAAAUGAUCCUUUGCGAUCUCGAUGUUUUCGAAAAAGGCGAAGCAAUUAUUGUACGUUUUGGAGGAGGAAAAGGCGGUCCGGAUAUCCUGUGCAAAAGUAUCGUACUCGUAUUGCAAUCAUGCAUUACCAAUCUUUUUCUGAAGGUAAAUCCGCAUCACAAAUUUCAUUUCACAUGCACAUGCUGAGAAAAUUUGUAAUGCAUUCAUACGAGUAGGAGUGCGAUACUUUUGCAGUGCAUACCGGAUGGUCUUGGACAACUUUGAAGACCCGAGAUUGUACGUAUCGCAAGAAAAAAGCUGUUUCACUGUAAACUUGUGAUGCAUAAAAUGCAACACAGAAGUAUUUGUCUUGCUACGCAUGCAAGACAAUGGAUUUUUCGCCGUGUUUUCCCUUAGAAACCUUGCAUGGCAAAUUUUCUUUGUCAUGUAGAACUACAAACUUGUGAUGCAAAAACUGCCAAAUCCUUACAGUGAAACACUUUUUUCAUACGAUAGUACGGUGGCUUUUACGAUAAGCUUUUUGGCGCUCAAGUUAUCGAGGAAGAGGAGUCGGAUGACGAAGCGGCACUGGCACCUGCAGGACAAGGCGUUACAACGGCGCCAGCUGUAGGAACUACGCUUACGCAGCCCCUCCUUCCUAACCCUGCUGACGACCCUAUUAAUCCAUCUAAUGCUACCGCAGAAGCAGGCGGGAAUGCACCAUCAUCGUCAACAUCCGCAGGAGCACCUCCGACAGGAGAGGAACCAAGUUUAAUACCUGAGCAAGAGCCAAAAAUCGAGGUUAAGCAGCUCGGGCCGUGGGAACACUGGAUGCAGGACACCUUUCUGGGUGGCAUGAAGCGCACGGCCUUCCGGCUGAUCACGUCGCCCUUCUUACUGUUGAAAUUAGCGUAUGAGAAUUUGAAACUGACUCUCCAAACGUUAAUCUACAUGCAGAAGUGGCUCUUCGGUUCCGAGUUCGCUCGGUUUGAGCACAAGUUCAGCGGGAAGGCGGUGGCGGGGACGACUCGAGAUAUCUACCGGGAUCCGGAAGUGGAAAGGUUGCAGCGAGAAAGAGACGCAGAAAGACAGCGGAGAAGGGAGCAACGAGCUGCGGCUGCUGGUGGAAUUGUCGAUGAAGAGAACAACGAUGAGGAAGACGCUCUCGACGCGGAUCUACUCAUGCCGCUACAGUCGCAGACCGUAUUCGAAGCUUUAUCGUGAGGAAAAAUCCCCCCUCCCCAUAUUGAAAGCGCAUCCUUCUCAAAAUCUGUCAUGCAGAUUUGUGACCACAAAUCCUGUCUGUCUUGCGAGAAAGCAAGUUGAGACAGUCCGCCGCACUAUUGAGGCGAUUUGUGAUGCUGUUAGGCCUACACCGUCGACAUUUUUCAUGCCGGGAGCCUACGCCAAAACCUCUCGGCUCAGGCUUGGCAUAUGCCUGCAGUCCUCUACUGCAAGACAAACCUGAUUUGUGUACUGAAAUCCAGCAUCAGAAACUUCGUUUCGAUAUCGGGAGGGGGAAUGAUUCCAUCUGAUGAGCUUGGAAGGAAAUCAUGUCCGACGCGAAGGACGCAACAAAAGACCUGGAGGAGGACCGACUAUCAAAUGUAAAAUGUCUGGGUCUGGAAGAAUGCGAGAUCUGUCAUGCAGUUUUUGCAUGAGCCAGAUCGUCUGGCAUGCAAGCUCUAGCAUCACAGAUUUUGACCGGGUAUUCCAAUGCCUAAUCCGCAUGACAAAUCCCCUCUCUCGGAAACAAAAGGCGCGGCCUUUUGCCAGCCAUGCAUGACAGAUUUUCUCAUGAUGUAGACUUCGCAGCACAAAUUCGAAUCCUCCCAGACCCAGACAUUUUUGCAGUUGAUACCGCCGGGCAUUAAGGGAAUUGAAGUCCACACGGAAAGACCCGGAGAGAACCGCACUGCAGUAGCGUAAGAGAAAAUCCCCCAUCCCCAUUACUGAAAAGAGAUACUUCUGAAAUAAAUUUUUGAUGCUGAUUUGCGGACACAAAUCGUCUCUGUAUUGCGAGAAGGCAAAGCCAGAGACUCCGCCGCGUUUUGCGGGCAAUUUGUACUGCUGUAUGGCGUGCAGGGGAUAAGUCUCCCUUGCUAGGCGCCUACACGGAAAAGGCCCAACUCAGGCUCCGUAUCUGCGUGCAGUCCUCUAUUGCAAGACAGAGCUGAUUUUUGUACACAAAUCCUGCGUCACAGAUCUCCCAUUUGAUAUGGGGAGGGGGGACUUUUCAUUUUGAUAUGCAGGAAGCCAACGCUUUUGCCAAGUACGUACAGAAAUCCGUCAUUGGGUCGCAGAUGUAUCAAGUGCAAAAAUGUCUGGGUCUGGAAGAGUGCAUGUUUGUCAUGCUUGUCUGGCAUGACUCUUAAAUCUGUCAUGCACGUUACCCAAGAGCUCCAUUUUAUUGUGAUGCAGAGACGCAGUUUGUGAUGCAGAAUAGGCAACACCUAGAAGCGGAGAGACUUGUCAUGCUGAGCCAGCAGUUGUGGCCUCAUCAUGAGACGCCACCCAGCAUCACAAGUUUCCAGACCCAGACAUAUUUGCAGUGCAUAAGAUGAAGAGAUUCGCGUUUUCCGAUUUGCUAAACCCGGCAGAUAAGUCGUGGCACGAUCAGAUUAUCGUCCCCUUGAUAAGCAUUGCAAUUCUGGCUGGGUCUGGAAACUUCAAACUUGUAAUGCUGGUCGUACAUUUUUCCUGUGAAAUCUGUAAUCCAUGAUCAAGAACCUCCAAAGGCGCAGCCUCUUUUGUCCUACGAAAACGCAGUCUCUCAUGCAGGCUGCGCAUGAGGAAGUGUUGUGGAAAGUUGUUAUGCUGGGCUGCAUUCGGAAGUGUUUCUUUCGAUCAUCCAAGUUUUAGUAUCACAAGUUGCCAAGCCCAGUCAAAUUUGCGUUUGAUGCUUGAGCAACGAGGACGAUUUAGCGAACGUGAUGAUCAUCCGGCAAUGUAUUAACCAGCUGACCUCGACGGUGUUGAACUUCGUGCUGGAUGGCACCGGGAAUGAGUUUCCGAUGCUCUCGUUAGCUUUGAACCAAGUUUUCGAUAAUAUGCAGAAAAAUAUCGAGGUGAGCCCGAAAUUCCAGAUUUUCAACUAUCAAAUGUAAAAAUGUCUGGGUCUGGAAAGUUGGAACUUGUAAUGCUGGUCUUGCAUUCCUGUGAAAUCUGUAUUGCAUGACCAAGAACAGUGGUAGCCUCUUCUGUCAUACAAAAACGCAGUUUCUCAUGCGGAGUUCGUAUGAGAAAGCGUGCUGCAACCUUGUCAUGCUUUCCUGCAUAAGCAAGUGACCUCCUCUUGCACAUUUUAGCAUCACAAAUUUCCAGACCCAGACAUUUUUACAGUUGAUAUCAACAACAGGAGAACGAAGAAGAAGAUCGAGCGACUGCGGUUAUCCUGUGCAAAAAUGUCCCUACCCCAUAGUUAAGUUGGGAUCUCUGCAACACAGAUCCAGGAGUUUUGGACGCCACGCAUGACAAGUUGCAGCCCGUAGUGUAGUGCAGGUUAGCAAGCACAGCCGCAUGAUUACAAAUCGAGAUGCGUAUCCUGUUUACAGCAUUACAAAUUCAAAAACACGACUGAAAAUGGAAAUGCCCAUCAUCGGGAUGCGCAUCACAAAUGUUCUUGUCAUUGCAAAUCUGCAUGACAACUGUGGGGUGGGGAUGUUUUUACAUAGGAUGGCGGUCCGUCAUGAUCUAUUUCCUCAACAGCCAGUACGGGAUCGCCGGCAUGCAGGGCGCCAUCUAUCAUAGUGAAAAAAGCCCCCACCCCAUAUCGGAAACGGAAGAUGCGCGAAUUUGUGAUGCUGUAUUGGAGUACACAAAUCGACUUGUAUUGCUACAAGGCCAAGAGACGAAGCUGCGGCAUAAAUUGCAGGUAAUCUGUCAUGCGGUUUCCCACUUGUCUAGUUGCCUCCUGUCAUGCUGGAGACGCAUAGGUUUAUUCCCACGCUAGGCAGCACCACAGUGUCUUCAUCUUUUGCCUUCUAGCAUCACAAAGCUGAUUUGUGGCCACAAAUCUGCAUCACAGAUUUCCGUUUUGAUAUGGGGAGGGGGCAUUUUUCAUUGUAAUACCAGCGCAAAUGGGUUCAUCGUGGGUCCGACUUUGUCCGCUUUGGAUUACGCGACCCACCAAGCGACGGGGUACACAUUCACAAAAACGGUACUAUUGAGAGGAAAAAUCCCCCCUCCCCAUAUCGAAAAGGCAUGCUUCCGGAAAUUUGUCUUGCUGAUUUGAGACCACAAAUCACGUCUGUCUUGCAAGAAGACAAAUGCAGAGGCUUCCCUGCCAUUAUGGGAGCGGUUUGGCAUGCUGUUGGGCCUAGAGGACAGCCGUUUGCAAUGCUAAGCAACUAGACCAAAAUGUCCCUCCCUAGGCUGCGGAUCUGGUUGCGAUGCCGUAUUGCAAGACAGCGCGUAUUUGUGUGAUGCAAAUCUUGCAUCACAGAUUUCCCAUCUGAUAUGGGGUGGGGGGAUUUUUCCUUUUGAUAGGUCCGAGCCGGAAUCCGGAACGCCGUUUUAGAGUCAGACACGGUGUCCAAAAUCGCACUAUGGAUUGCAAAAGUGUCUGGGUCUGGAAGAUUCUAAACUUGUAAUGCUGUCGCUGGAUUCUAAAAAAGGCUGUAUUGCAUGACCAGCGAGAGGACUGCAGCUCCAGUUUGUGCUGCGCGGAGAGGCAUAAUUUCUCAUGCGGUAGAGGCAUCACAAAGUCCUCUAAAAAGAUGUGAUGCUAGGGCAUGCAUCACAGACGUCAUGGGUGACAAACCUGGCAAUGACAAACCUGGCAAUCUUCCAGACCCAUACACUUUUGCAGUUGAUACGCACGCUACUUGAACGAUGAGCACAAGGGGCGAAAAAGGUUGCUGAAGGAAAGAGCCUUCAUGAGCUUUGGGGUCUCUUUCGCGACGUUGUUGCAGGAAACGCCUAAUCGCUUAACGGGGGUUUCGCAGAUGCUCGGGAGCGGGGACAAUUUGGACAACAGUAUCUAUAAAAUCAUGCACAUUGCGUUCGGCCUGGCAAAUCUGCAGAACGGGAAGAAUAUGAAUUUUCCAAAAAUGAUGGCGGAGAUAAGCAGCGGUACUUGUGCGAAUCAUUUUUUUAUUUUUCGCUUCGCUUGUUUGAUGAACAGAGACGGAUUCGCCUGAUGCAAAUGUUCAUGUGCAUGAUUGGGGAACAAGCAGCACGACUAGUUGUAAGUAGAAAUAUGAAUGCAAGAUAAGCUCAAAUAAUUUUCCCCGAAAGGACUACGAAGUUACGCACGGCGUAGUACUCGUACAUCAUCAUCAUCAUCAUCAUCAUCAUCAUCAUCAACAGAAUAAGACGAAAAAAUCCAUUUAAUUUCAGCUUUAUCGACCGGCACGGAGUCUCAAGCAGCGUCUUUUCAGUCCGGCCAGACGUCCCUCUUCUGCAAUAUCAAAUGUAAAAAUGUCUGGGUCUGGAAGAAUGCAACUUGUGAUGUUGCGUUUGGAUGUGUAAAAAAUUUGUGUUGCAUGAGCAGCAAAAGGAUUCUAAUUUUUGCUACGCGGAGAGGGCAUUUGUCAUGCGGAAUAGGCAUCAAGAAUCCCUCAAAAAACCUGUGAUGCUAGGGCAUGCAUCACAGACAUCAUGGCUCAUGCAACCCGUGCAUGACAAGUCUCAGAAUCUUCCAGACCCAGACAUAUUUGCAUUUGAUAUGCAAUGAAGCGGUGCAAUACUUGAUGCGCCGCUCCGGAGACGUCAUUGAGGCCGGAAAGGGUUUUUACCGACAAGAGCAGAAGGGAACGAUGAUACGAAACGCGACCCACUACUAUUUGGGCACCGAAUACGGACGACAGCAGUUUCGCGAGGGUGUGCGCGACUACGCGGUCAGUUGCGGAGGUUGUAUCCCACGGAAAAUAAAAGCUGUAACAGGUCAUGUUUGAUGUAUAUCAAAGUGUAUUAAAACCAAAUGAGUACGCCUACGCAGGAAAAUCUGUCUUCAUGGCCAGAUCCAUAGCAGGCUGCAGCUCCACGUGUAACUACAAGAACGGGUUUUUUCUCUACUAACCUAUAAUUUCUGCACAAUAAUACAAACAUGACACCUGCCAGCUUUUUUCUGUGGGAUAGCCUGCGUGCGCUACUCUGGACAUGUUUGUUUCGAAAACAGCCAAGCCUGCCUCAUAUCAACUGUAAAAAUGUCUGGGUCUGGAAGAAUGCAUGUUUGUCAUGCUAAAUCUGGAUCAUGCAACAAUCUGUGUUGCAUGAGUACCAAAAGCCGUGCAUUUUUGACCAAGGUGACAAGGAGUUUCUCAUGCAGGAUAGGCAUGAUAUUAGAGAUCUCGCAGAAUCUGCCAUGCUAGGCCCUGCAUUCCAGACCUCAUGCUGGGGCAUGGAAAACCUGCAUUACAAAUCGCGUAUUCUUCCAGACAUUUUUACAUUUGAUACCUCAUCGACGGGUACAAUAAUGGGAGAAGCUGCGCCGUCGGGUGUAGGAACCACCCCAAAGAGCAGAUGCGGAGAGUAUUCUAUGAUAAGAACCAAAAACUCGCUUUGUUAACAACGUCACUGCUCGGCCCGAGACCGCUUCCACCGGCUAGUAGUACUCUUGCCGCGGCGCCAGAACAGGAAACCAUGGACGCCUGCUGGCCAGGCUCUUAUGCGGCGUUGCGCGGCGCUGGCUCGAGCUCGUCUUCUUCUUCACACAGCGUCCCUUACCCUGGGUCGGGUGCUACAGCUGGCACUACUACAGGAGCAUCAUCCACCUCUUCGCCUGCGGGUGGUACAGGACUACACGGCGUUUCAUCACCAUCAUUCCUGCACCGCCGACACGCACCAAAGGACCACGGACAAGAUUAAGUUUUGGCCUUCCUUUUCCCUCUGCGCCAGCACAUUAUACGAUGUACAAAACACGAAAGUGAUAAAACUGUGACUCACGGGUGUCGAUAAUGUAGUUAUGACCGAUAUGGAUAUUGAAUAGAUGAAGCAGUUGUCUGUUGUACGUACAACAUCAAUUAUGUCGUUGAUUUUUCGCCCGAGCGCACUACUACUGGAGAAGCGUUUUUCCGCAGUUGCGUCUCUGGGCGGUCAACGCGCGCAAGCGCUCAAGCAUUGCCAUCCCCAACUGAAGUAGAAAAGAAGGAGCUCUGCCAGUUCUUCUAGAGUAAAAACGGCACAGUGAGACUUAAGUCGACUGCUCUUCGAUAAAAAUUUGCGGACAUGUAAUAGUGUUAGACCCUUAUUUGUUCUCACGGGAGGACGGAAAAAAGGACAUUUAUGCAGCAUGUUGUUUCUACUAGAACAUGAACGAUGAGGAGGCAGCUACUUAUGUUGAAUUUGACCCUCUACCGCAUGUCGACGUUUCGAACAUUAUGUCCCGCAUAGAACGCAAAGAAAGCUCGAGGAAU